AAACCGGAAAUUAGACAACUUCCAUGUUCCUGUAAAUGCUCUGCUUGGCCAGAAGCACAGUGUAUUCUGUCAGCCAGCCCCCAAACGCCGGGCCUUCUCACACCAAGCGCUGUCGACUGUGUGGUCCCAGGUGAAGCUGCAUCCCUUCUGGCCCAGGACCCAUUGUCACUUGUAGAUAGACAAGAGCCAAAGAGCCCUCAGGGACACCAUGGCCACAGCACCAACUGGAACCAGCUCAGGUAUGACGCUGGACGACACCCUGUUUGAAGAGCUGAUGGAACUUGCGGAAGAGUUCACGCUGGACAGAAAUCUGUCCGAGGAUGAACUAGUUCUCUUACGUUAUCCCUUGCAGAAGUAUAAGCUGGAAAAGAUUAUCGAAGAACUUAACACCAUUGCAGACCAAGUUGACGCGACCCACAAGAAACUCACCAAGACCAGCCUGGUAGCCAGCUCCUCAGGUGCUGUGUCAGCGGCCAUGACCAUCCUGGGUGUGGCCCUGGCACCUGUGACAGGAGGAGGGAGUCUGAUGCUCUCAGCAGCUGGGCAGGGCCUGGGGGUAGCAGCUGCUGUCACCAAUAUUUUCAUAAAUGUCUUGGAAAAUAGAAGCGAUUCAGCAGCAAGAGACAGAGCUGGCAGACUGGUGGCGAUUCCAACAACACUGGAGUCCAAAGACAUUGGAGGGGCUGCUGGGGUUUGUGUUCAGAAGUGUGUUGGCGUCGUCAGGAGCAUCAGGCAACUUCAUGCCUACAAGACGGCUCAAGCCAACUGUGGUUUCAUGGCUAAGGUCAGGAAUUUCGUAACCACAGGCCGCGUGCCCUUCUGGAGAGCCAGAGAGGUUCAGAGAGCCGUUGAGGGCCCAGCUCUGACCGUGACCAGUGGUGCCCGGAUGAUGGGAGUUGCUGGGGCUGGCUACUUCCUUGUGCAAGAUGUAAAAAGCUUUCUGCAGAACUACAAGCACUUGGAGGAAGGGGCCAGGGCAGAGACAGCAGAGGAACUCAGGACACUGGUCCAGGAGCUGGAGGAGGAGCUGAGCUGGCUGACCGAGCGCUAUGAGCUGGCCGUCAACAGGCAUCUACAGGCAGGGCUAUAGCGCAGCCACUUACUGAACCAGGAGGUAGGAAGGGGGCAGGGCAGAUAUGGUUGUGGUCUUCACAAAGCUGCCCUGGAGACAAAGGGCAAAGGGGGAUGCUAACUAGGUAGGCACAUAGAUGGAAACACAGCACAACUGCCCUUUGUCAGGGAAGACUGUCCCACAGCCCUCGCUUAAAUUAGGUCCUUCCUGGUAAUUCCCGCAUCCUGCACUUUUCUCUCAACGCGCUGACCACACAUUUUUGAAAUGACGUGUUGGUUUGGAUAGGUGUUCACUGUCUGUCUUUCUGUAGACUGCAGCCUCUGGGCAGGCAGGGACAUGUCCCCAGCAUCUGGCAGUGCUUGGCACAUAGCAGGUGUGCCAGAGAUAUGUGUUGAAUGACCUGAGUGUGCCAUUUCAUGACAAAGGUGACAUUUCAAAUGAGUUAGGAAAGGAUUUGUAUUUGAAAAAUAGUGUCUAUUUCUAGACUGUCUUAUUGAGAGACAUUAAAUAUCAAGACGUAAAAAAUGAAAAUGACUACCAGGAAAAUGAAGGAGAAUUUCAAAUUUUCUCCUUAAUUCAGAGGCGGUAGGAUGAUGUUGGGUAGCAUGGCCACUGCCUGAGCCCCUGGAAAGGGACACAGAAGACUUUGUGAGGCUCCUAAAUUCAUUCAUUUAAUUCAUUCAUUCAUUGGACAGAUUUUAAUGAAGUGAGGCCUGUGACAGGGGCCAAGGGUUAAGCAAUUGUUCCCAAAUGUGUCUGUAUGAGGUCGGACAAUUAAGUUCACGGACUCAUCCUAGAAAAAGUGCUACGUACCUUAUUGCUGAAUAUCAUUA